AUUCUGUGUUCCGUUCUCGCAGCCGCCGGAGCUGCCUUUUCCCAGCAGUGCCGCAGCCCAGCCUCGGGCCUUCAAACCGCUCCCUCCCGACACCCCCCGCGCGGGCCCGCCCCGCUGCCUCAUUGGCUCUACCCCCUGCACUGCCGCGUUCCUAUUGGCGGGCUACCCCUGUGCCCCGCCCCCGGCCCCGACUGGCGCUGCCCGCGCGGGUCUGGGGCGGGCUCGGUGUUGCCUUCGGUGGGCGGCUGAUCCGGCUGCACCUUCUGCUCCCCAUGGCGCUGCUGCUGGAUCUGCUCCGCCGGCUGCUGGAGCUCCUGGGCUGGCCGCCCCACCAGGCCGUAUUUUUCGAAACUCGCACGUUUGGCAGCAGUAUCACUCGUGCAAUCAGAACAUGCCUUCCUUCAGCAGUCUCAUCAGGAAGGCAUUUCCAGCAGUUGUACACCGUAAUAAGGAAGUAUCAAAUCAAGGUCACAUCUGUUUGCCAAAAAAAGCAAUAUGGAUCUACUCGAAGUGUUGUCCGGCGACUUGGGACAAUUCUUUCCUUGGAGCCCUACCCAAGACCUUAUUUUCAACUUGUUCAAGACCCAAGUCCAUUGGGUUAUGAUGAACAAAGUGCAGCUCCAACUCCUGUGGCUCCAUCACUUGCUGAUGUCCUGUGGGUGGCAAAUGAUGAAGGACAGGCUUUUACUAGACUUAGGACUGAAUUAUGGAGAAAAGAGAAACGUACAGCUCAUCAUGACCUAUAUCCAUCUAUAGAUUCAAUACAGAGCAUUCCAAAAAACAGCACACGAGAAGACAAUAUUGAUCAAGCAGCACUGCAGAAGAUUUCUGCACUUGAAGAUGAGCUAACCUUUCUUCGUGCUCAGAUUGCUGCAAUUGUUUCAGCGCAGACACUGGGAAGCAUUCCAUCACAAGCCUUUAAAACACCCAGCACUCCAGAUGGAUUUUACCCAGUGCCAGCCAUGACUUCCACACCAUUGUCCGUCUCUCACAACCACUUUGUAAUUCCCUUGCCUCCUCCACUUCCUUCUGGUGUACCAUCUGGUGUUGAUUCUAGUAAAUCUGCAAUGGAACUUAUAAAACAACGCCGUGCUGCAAGAAACGGUGAUUCAAGUGCAGCUGAUAGUGCUGAUCACCAGAAGACAAAGAAUGUUCCUAGUAUGAUGGAAGUUUUGAAAGACCUAAACAAAGUUCAGUUGCGAGCUAUUGAGAGGUCUCCUGGAGGUACUCCUCUUUCUAGACCCCAAAAGAGGCAAAGUUCAGAUUGGGAUCCAGUUGCUCUACUAACUCACGCACUAAAGCAGAAAUUUGCACAUAAAAAUUAUGAUAAAGAUGAUUCUCUGGACAAAGAAAAUAGAUCUUUUGAUAACUCUCCAUUUUCUAGUCCGGAGAUCCCAAUGGUUGGACGUUGCAAUCUGAAGCUAAAUGCAAAACCUAGCCUUACAAGAACUGAUGAAGUUGAACAGGUACCAGCGUGGAAAGUGAGAGCUCAUAUUUAGCUGCAGUAGAAACUUCUGAGGAAACUUCAUAGUGUACAUAAGUGGUGGGUCCACUUGUGGAAACUGCUGUAAGGUGCUGUAUUGUGUUGUUCUAGAACAGGUCUUUCCUAUGCUAUUAAAGUUUGGGUGUUGUAGGGUUUGUAAAAUUACCUCCUCCUUAGUUUCCCAGAAGCCAGACUUGUGAAUGUGAUGUUUUUAUGAGAAGCACAGAACUGAAAGAAGGCUUCCAUUACUAUGGAGCAGCGUGUUUGAAACCUGGGAAAUCGAGGAAAGCAGUGUGUGGGUAGGGAAAUUUAUUGCUGUAGCAGCUGAGGUGUAUGUUCUGUUUGCACUCCAGUGUAAAUAACAAAGUAUAAACUUUUUGUUAGUGUGUUAUCACUGACUGUGUAUAAUGGUAAUACUUUUUCCUUAGAGUGGUAUAGUUGCCAUGGUUUUCUUUGCAGUUUGCUGAUGCAACUCCUUAUUCCAUGUGCAAACGGUAUUCUGAUUUAUUUUGGGUCAGGAGAUGAACUUUUAUGUUUGUGAAACUUUGUGCUGUAAGUAAACUGCAGCUGCCUAUUAAGUGCCUGUAAUAUGAGGGAGUUGCAUUCCGAGAUUAAAAAGACCUUGUAGAGAGAUCUGCUAGCACAUAGUCUAAAUUCCAUGUGUAAGUAAACAUUAAUUCCCGUCUCAUCUUGUCCAUCUGACCUCAGUUUUGUUCACAUGAAUUUAUAAAAUAAAAUUUUCUUUAUAUUGUA